AUGUCGGAGCGCAAGCCCACAAGCCCCCAGGACCAUCGGGACCCUCGUCGAGGCGACCUCGACCAGCUCCUCUAUUCACGCAAUAGAGACCGCCAUAGAGAUCGCGACCUUCGCCGAUCGUCUUCUACCCGCAGCGUCAGUAUCAGCGUGAGUUCGACCGCCAGCAGCACCGCUUCCAGUAGGACCCCCGCCCUGUCGCAAAGACAACCAAAGCGAAAGCAACCGGGCGUCGUCGUCACCGCCAUGUCCUCUUCACCCGCCGUGCCGGACUUGUCGAGCGCAUCCCCGUCCCCGUCAAUAUCAUCAGUUGACACUAGGCCCGGGACCGGGGUUGACUCCGCACAGGGAGAUACCAGCACAGAUGGGCUCGGGAUCUACGUUCUCGGUGACCCGACACCGUUAACCACCGACCCCGCUCUCUCGCCGUCAAGAUUCCCCCCUCUAACAGCCAGCACGAGCACGAACACCGAGCAGCGCACAUACGCGUGCCUCUUCCACAUGCUGGACUGCCACAAGUCCUUCGCCGACAGCGCGGAGUGGCGCGCCCACGUCGUCAGCCACUUUCGCUCGUACCCGACGCCGCCGUCAGCGCGGUGUCCGCUGUGUCCGAAUACCAAGUUUGUGGACGGGAUUUCAGACCCCGUUCUCGAGGACAGCGAGUCGAUCCGCUCUAGCGAUGACGCUGUUCGGCCUCUGUCUGGAGACUUUCCCUCGGCGUGGGAUCGAAUGCUCGAUCACGUCGCUGCUGACCAUUACUGUCUUGGCCAGACGCUUGCGGGCAGUCGGCCGGAUUUCGAGCUUAUGCGGUAUCUGUAUGGCAUGCGCGUUAUCACAGAUGCGCAGUUUAAGGCUAUGCAGUUGCCGCCUGCGCCGUCUAGUCCUGCCUAUCAUCGCUCGCAGGAUGGGGUUAGGGCUAGUAUUGGCUCUGCGGAUGAGCCGUACUGUGCGCCGUAUAGUAAGCGACGGGAAGAGAGGAUGAGGGGGCAGCAGAGGGGUGUCGGGGUGUUGUAG